AUGAAGACUCCCACCCAUCUCCUCUCUGCGGCCCUUGCCAUCGCGAAUCUCAGAGGUUCUGCAGCAGCACCUUCCAACAACUCCCAGCCAACCUCUUGUCAUGGGCCGCUGGUCAGACAUGAGUGGCGGCAGCUAUCCCUGGAGCAAAGAUUGGAGUACAUUGGUGCUGUCAAGUGCCUAAUGUCACUGCCUUCUGAGAACAAUGAGCUGUGGCCUGGUGCGAAGUCCCGUUAUGAUGACUUCCAAGGCCUACAUAUCUAUGUCACGGAGAAGGUUCACUUCAACGGUCCAUUCCUCCCUUGGCAUCGAUGGCUGCUUUACCUCUUCGAGACCGAAUUGCGAGACAAGUGCUCUUACCAGGGCAGCUUGCCAUACUGGGAUAUCAGCCUUGACAACACCGAAGAAACUUUCGUGCGUUCGCCGGUCUUUGACAAUGUGUACGGUUUGGGUGGAAACGGGCCAUACAUCGAAGACCUCAGUGACGAAGAGGAAUUUCCGACUAAGACGCCUACCGAGAUCCCGAAUAGAACUGGUGGAGGAUGUGUUGAGCAGGGCCCAUUCGCGAACCUGACUGUCCCCAUGGGUCUUGGUGCCUCCGUCGAAUACCAACCCCACUGCCUCCGCCGCGAUUUUAGCCCAACUUUGGUCGCAGGCGCAUUGUCCGACGAGGUCAUCGAGCGUACUCUGUCUGCAGAAACGUAUGACGAGUUUAACCAUCACGUCCAGGGUUACAGUUUCGAAAACGCUGAUAUGUACUCCUCUCCGGGUGACCCGAUAUUCUACUUCAUCCACACUGCCCUGGACAAGAUAUGGAACGACUGGCAACGUAAAGACUGGCCUGCGCGCAAAACUGCCAUCGGUGGUCCAGACGCCAUGUUCGCGUACCCGUUCAACUUUUUCGGGGACGUCCCCUAUGAAAAUAUCACCCUCCAGUUCCCGCUGAGCUUCCCCAUGUUUGGCAGGGACAUGCUUGUCAGCGAGAUGAUGGACAUCAGGGGUGGUCCUUUCUGCUACGACUAUCAGUAA